AUGCCUAUAAUAAUAAAUAAAUCAAGAUUACACAAUGAGAAAAUUAAACAAAAAACAAAAAACAAUAGCAUUGUAAUAUUUUCGGACAGUAUCGGACAAGAAUUGGCGUCAAAGAUAAUAGAAAAAACUGAAUUUCAAGCAAUUAACAACUGUAAACCGGACGCAGGAUUUCAAAAUAUAUUAGAAAACUAUGGCGAAAAGAUUAAAGGUCUCGAAAAAAAAGAUACAGUAGCAGUACUUAUUACUAAAUAUGAAAGUUCUCUUUAUCAUAAUCAACAAAAGUACAUAAAACUAUUGAACGAUAUUGUAAACCAGCCUUGUAGGAAAUUUAACAUGAUAAUCACUGGUUUGCGUUAUAAUGGCAAAAAUGACAACGAGAUUCACCAUAUCAACAACCAGAUCCUUAACAUAGCUAAAGUUAGCGAAAAUAUCAAAUUUCUGGACCCGAAUAUGAGAUAUAAAAAUACAAGGAACUAUAAAUUAUUGAAAAAAUUCAUCAUAGAAAAUACAACAACAAGUAUAGACCGCAAGUUUCAAGGAUCAUCUUCACUGCGUUUCAUCAAAUACCAAAACGAACACACUUCCUCAAGUGAUAAUGGUACAAAUUUUUUAACAACGCAAGAACCGAUUCAAAAACGAUAA